AUGAGUUUUGCUGGUCCCAUGCCGCUCAAGGCGGUGGCUCCUGCCUCAAGAACACAAUCGCGGAGACCUUCUAUCGCGCAGAAGCAGCAAGUCCACAAUGCGCAGUCAAUACGGUUCUUCCACGCCUCUUCCCCGUCCUUCGCCAUGGCCGACCCGUACAAGACACUCGGCGUCAGUAGAGAUGCAUCCGCUGCCGACAUAAAAAAGGCCUACUAUGGUAUGGCGAAAAAGUACCACCCCGACACAAACAAAGACGCCGGUGCGAAGGAGAAAUUCGCUGCCGCACAAUCCGCAUACGAAGUUCUCUCGGACGCUGAGAAGAAGAAGGCCUUUGAUUCGUACGGAGCCGGUGCUUUCGAUGCAAACGGCGGCUUCAACCCUGGGGCCAGUGCGGGAGGACCAGGAGGAAACCCGUUCGGAGGAGGCUUCGGCGGCUUCGGCGGGUUUGGUGGUGCUCAAGGUGCGGGAGGAUUCCAGGAUAUCAAUUUCGAAGACUUGUUUGGAGCAUUCACGGGUGGGCGACGAGGAAGAGGGGGAGGUGGGAGAAGGAAUCCCUUUGAAGAAGAAAUCAUGGUGGGCGACAACAUCGAAGUGCAAACAAACAUCUCAUUUUUGGAUGCGGCCAAGGGCGUCAAGAAGGAUAUUCACAUUAGCCCCAUGGCAGAGUGCGGGACAUGUAGUGGCAGUGGUCUGAAGCAGGGUGCUAAGAGAGCAGAAUGUAAGAGCUGUGGAGGUACCGGACAAAGGGUGACGAGCAUGGGUGGCUUCCAUAUGAGCGCAACCUGUUCAUCUUGCGGAGGAUCCGGAUUCGCGAUACCUAGAGGCUCGUCUUGUGGCACUUGCGGCGGCGAUGGAGCAGUCAAAGACCGGAAAACCAUCACUAUCGACAUACCUGGUGGCGUAGAGGACGGCAUGCGGUUGCGCGUUAAUGGCGAAGGAGAUGCACCGCUGACAGGUCACGCCAUGUCUUCUGGCUCCGUCCGCGGCCAGAAGGGAGAUCUCUACGUCCUGAUUCGCGUAGCAAAUGACUCGAAGUUCAAGCGCAAUGGCUCUGAUAUCCUUCAUACCGCUACCAUCCCAUUCACCACUGCUGUCCUCGGAGGAGAGAUUAAAGUCCCCACGCUCGACGGCGAAGUCAAAGUCAAGGUUCCUACUGGAUCUGGAACUGGCGACCGCAUCACACUUUCUGGCAUGGGCAUGAAGGUGCUCUCGGGCCGACGUGGCGGCAAGGGCGAUCUGCGUGUUGAGUUCAAGGUCAACAUGCCCAAGUAUCUCAGUGUCAACCAGCGGACAAUUCUUGAGAUGCUAGCGGACGAAAUGGGAGACAAGAGCGCGCAACGCGUCAUCAACCCCGGGAAGAUGAAGGAUGAACAUGGGAACAGCGUAGGAGACGACCACUCGAAUGAGGGCUUCCUGAAGAGCGCGUGGCACAACCUCACGGGACAGCACAAGCACCUGGAUCCAGAGGAGAGGAGGAAGGCGGAAGAAGACGAGAAGAAGAAAGGGUCUGGCUGA